CCCGUCCCACGCCACCUGUUCCACACGCUGCUCGCUCCCAUCGCGCCCCAAAAACAGAAAAACCGACCCAUUUUCGCCUUACACAACCCACAAUUGUGCCAAGACCCAUUUUCAGCAUCCAUAAACUCACCCACGUGACUCCCAUUUCGCAACUGAUCGCCGAUCAGCCCAGAGGGCGCUGCAUCUCAAACAAGCAUUUUGUUUUUAUUUCCACUCAUGUUCGCUAGGCAAAUAUUUUUGAUAUUUUCGCCAAACUGCUUAUAAUGGGAGUUGCGGAUGGUAAAAGUGCUCCCGUGAAGUUAUAUUUGCGUUUACCUGUUAAGAUUGCCGACGAACAACAAGUGAGGGAUCUGCAUCCGGGAAUUCUGAGGGUUAGUUUGCCGCGACAGAAAUCUCGACGCUGGUGCAUUGUCGAGUUUGACAGUACGACAGCCAAAGCGGGUGUCAAGGAGUUGAAAGCUGUUAAGAUUGACGGCAAGAAGGUGUUCGUUAACGUGCAUCGAAAGAAGGAUAAGGAGGAGCAGCAGGAGAAGUAGUCAGUGAUGAUGGGGGCGGGGGGAUUUAUUAGAAAUCCAGGAUGGGAGAUUUUGAGUAGUGACGAUCUGAUGGACGAGGAUUAUGAUUAUGGUAAUGGUAUUCUUAUAGAAAACCCUUUUGAUGAUGACGAAGUGGACCUAAAUUCACAAUUUGUGCUAUUUGUGGCCCCUCCUGAUGAAGAGAGUGACGAGAAUGAUGACUUCGAUGAUAUCGAUAACGACGAGGAUGACGAAGACGACGAAGACUACGUCCCUGAUUCCUUAGACGACGAAGACUUCGACGACGAUAACGCCAUAGUAAUGUCUAGUGAUGAUUCAGCACCUGAGCUAAGUAAUUAAGGAUAAUUUUAUUAAUUUCUUUUGUUAAUAGUUUAAACAAUAAAUAUAUUUUUCAUGUUAUAAACUCGAGACAAUAUCCAUAAAAGGGGAUUAAGUGAACACCCACUGUAUUUAAGUGUUUAUUAUUAAUCUUUUAAGCCAAAUAUAACAAAAAUAAAGAAUUUUUAACAAUU